GUUUGCUUCCUGAUUUCCUAAUUGACAGCUGAGACGGUGACACCUGACUAUUGAAGGGUGCAAGGUGUGAACCUGCUCAAGCAGGUGCAACUGACAGGUGCUUGCAAAGAUGUCUAAAACCAACAAAUCAAAAUCGGGAUCCCGUUCUUCCCGUUCGAGGUCUGGAUCAAGAUCCCGCUCCCGUUCCUUCUCCAAGUCUCGCUCCCGUUCUCGUUCUGUCUCACGCUCAAGAAAACGCAGGCUUAGUUCUAGAUCCCGUUCAAGAUCCUAUUCUCCAUCUCAUAACAGAGAAAGGAACCAUCCGAGAGUCUAUCAGAACCGGGAUUUCAGAGGUCAUAACAGAGGAUACAGGAGACCGUAUUAUUUUCGAGGCCGGAAUCGAGGAUUUUACCCGUGGGGCCAGUAUAACAGAGGAGGAUAUGGGAAUUACAGGUCAAACUGGCAAAACUAUCGCCAAGCGUAUAGCCCUCGUAGAGGGAGGUCACGCUCUCGUUCACCCAAGAGAAGGUCUCCUUCACCAAGGUCUAGAAGUCAUUCUAGGAAUUCUGAUAAGUCAUCUUCUGAUCGGUCAAGGAGGUCUUCCUCUUCCCGGUCUUCCUCAAAUCAUAGCCGAGUUGAGUCUUCCAAGCGUAAAUCUGGAAAGGAGAAAAAGUCAUCUUCCAAGGAUGCCCGGGCGUCUCAGGCUGCAGGAGAUAAUCAAGGUGAUGAGUCUAAGGAGCAGCCCUUUUCAGGAGCAGCGGCUCAAGACGUCAAGGCGUCUGAGGGGUCGAAACCAUGGCAAGAUGCGGCCACCUAUGGUACAGGCUCGGCGUCGAGAGGAGCUUCUGUGUCCGAGCUCAGCCCGCGGGAACGCAGCCCUGCGUUAAAAAGCCCUCUCCAGUCGGUCGUGGUGAGGCGGCGUUCUCCUCGGCCAAGUCCCUUGCAGAAGUCGAGCCCUCCACUGUCCAGCCCCUCACAGAUGGGCUCUGCUUUACAAAGCAGCAGCUCCUCCUUCCAGGCAGGUUCUCACCAGAGCCCGUUUGACCAUGGCUCGGCAGGCUUGAGCCCAACGAGGAAGAGCCCUGUGUGCAAAAGUCCCACGCCAGUCGGUUCGAUUUACGGUACAUCUCAGAAGGAGGAAACCACAGCUCCUGGAGGAGGAGCCUUCUCCAAAAGGUAUCUGGAAGAGCAGAAGACUGAGAAUGGGAAAGACAAAGAACAGAAAGUAACAAAUGUUGACAAAGAAAAAAAUAAAGAAAAAGGGAAUUUCUCUGAGUUGGGAUCAACAGAUGGAAAGGCAAAAUCUGACUCCUAUGCAUCCAAAGCCGACUCCGAGAAGGGAUACCGUGGCAGCCAGUCGCCCAAGCGCUACAAGUUCCGGGAUGACUUUGACAAGCUAAAGGUCCCGGAGUUCCACAAGGAGAGUCAUUAUGGCAAAGAGGAAGCAGAUGAGCAGGAAAAGAAAGACAAGGCAAAAGUCCGAAAAGAUUCGGAAUUUGAUGAUGAGCCCAAAUUUAUGUCUAAAGUUGUAGCAACUUCAAGUAAAAGUCAAGAAGAGGAGAGGCCAGGAAAAUGGGAAGGGGUGGUGUUCUUGCCACCUGGAAAAGAGAAGCAAAGGAAACCUGAUGAAAUGGAGGAGGAAAGCUAUUCUGAAAGAGCAAAAAAAGAAGAGAGACCAGCAGCCAAGAGAGCUGAGCCAGGUCACAGGGGCUUUGUUCCUGAGAAGAAUUUUAGAGUGACCACUUACAAAUCCAGCCAGGAAAAAAGUUCUUCCCCCCCACUGAGGAAGGCUUCUGAGGUAAAGGAGAAACCAGGCACCAAAGUGGAGGGGCUAGCUCCUGGCAAGUCCUCCUUCUCCAUUACUCGUGAGGCCCAGGUCAAUAUUCGAAUGGAUUCCUUCGAUGAAGAUCUUGCACGUCCAAGUGGCAUAUUGGCUCAGGAGCGCAAGCUGUGUCGUGACCUUGUGCACAGCAACAAAAAAGAGCAAGAAUUUCGUUCGAUUUUCCAUCAUAUUCAGUCUGCUCAGUCUCAGCGAAGUCCGUCCGAACUGUUUGCUCAGCAUAUAGUGACUAUAGUCCAUCAUGUAAGAGAGCAUCACUUUGGGUCGUCGGGAAUGACACUGAAUGAACGCUUUACCAAAUAUCUAAAGAAAGGAAUGGAACAAGACGCAGCUAAGAACAAAAAGAGUCCUGAAAUCCACAGGAGGAUAGAUAUAUCUCCCAGUACUUUUAGAAAACAUGGAUUCUCUCAAGAGGAAACGAAAAGCUCCAGAGAUCCUGGCUUCAAGGCUGAAGGGAAAUAUAAGGACGACCCUGUUGACCUGCGCCUUGAUAUUGAACGCCGUAAAAAACAUAAGGAGAGAGAUCUUAAACGCGAUAAAUCCAGAGAAUCGGUGGACUCGAGAGAUUCAAGUCACUCAAGGGAAAGAUCAACUGAGAAAACGGAGAAAAGUCACAAAGGCUCAAAGAAAAAGAAACACCGAAGGGUGCGCGAGAGAUCCAGAUCCAGUUCAUCGUCUUCGCGGUCCUCUCAUUCUGUCAAAGCGGAGGAGUAUCCUGAGGAGACUGAGGAGAGGGAGGAAAGCACCACAGGCUUUGACAAGUCCCGACUUGGGACUAAAGAAUUCACUGGUCCGAAUGAGAGAGGAAGAGCUAGAGGAACCUUUCAGUUCAGAGCAAGAGGGAGAGGAUGGGGCAGAGGCAACUUCUCAGGCAACAAUAACAGCAACAGCGGUGGCAGCAACGACUUCCAGAAGCGAAGCAGAGAUGAGGAGUGGGAUCCAGAGUACACUCCUAAGAGCAAGAAGUACUACUUGCACGAUGACCGGGAGGGCGAAGGCGCCGACAAGUGGGUGAGCAGAGGCCGUGGCCGGGGUGCUUUCCCCCGGGGAAGAGGCCGCUUCAUGUUCCGGAAGUCGAGCACCAGCCCCAAGUGGGCUCACGACAAAUUCAGCGGAGAAGAAGGAGAAAUCGAAGACGACGAAAGCGGAACGGAAAACAGGGAGGAGAAGGACAACUUGCAGACGACGGCCGAGUAG